AUGCUAGGCACUAUCUCUUCGCAUUGCAUCGGAAUCGAUUUAGCGCCUGGUCUUGGGAGUAUGGUGUACUGGGUGUUUGGGUACGGCUCGUUGAUCUGGAAACCACCGCAAGGCACAAGAGCUAACGGAGAUCCAGGUUGCGGUUACGUCAAGGGGGUACUGCGUCGUUUCGCGCAAUCAUCUAUCGAUCAUCGGGGUGUACCCGAAAAGCCCGGUAGGGUGGUCACUGUUAUCGACGCGAAGGAUUGGCAUGCGCUCAGCGGCGAGGCACCUGCAGAUACAGAGCAAGAGGACAUUGUCUGGGGCGUUGCAUAUCGGAUAGACGAGGCGAGGGAGGAGGAAGUUCGAGAGUAUAUGGAGAACGGCUAUACUCCUCAUGACAUCCCAGUCUACUCGCGUAGUGAAUCAGGGCAAGAAGAGGUGAUAGUGGACAGCUCGGUGAUAUGGACCGGCAGGCUGGAUAACCCGGCUUUCGGUGAGACAAUCGCUGUCACGCCCACACGCCGUCUUAAGAGCUACCGCUGA